GCGGCACCGCAGUUCACCGACGACGGAGCAGGCAACACAACACUACAACCCACGCAAAAAAGCACACAAAAUAACAAAUUUCAGUGUCUCGGCAACGCUUUUCUGGCAUUGCCAACUUAUCCUCCGUCGCAGCAGCAGUACGAACGGGUUUCGAUUCGGGAUUGUGACCAGAACAGAACGGAACAUAAAAAAAAACAACCAGAACACACUCGUAAAAGUGAAAAGGAUUCCAAUAAAGUGUUAUCGUAAUUGGAAUUUGCAUACUUCUUUCGGAAAACAACAACAACAGCAACAGCAACAAAAAUGAGGCAUCUCUGGCUGCUGGCUCUUAUCGCCUUUGGAUCUUCCCUGUUUUCAGGUGUGCUGACCUUGCCGGAGGCACACCCAGGCAAACCAUCAGUGGCCACGACCCCAGCUGUAGGCGGAAAUGGAGGAGGAACCGGCGGUGGCGUCGGCGGUGGCGAGACGAGCACCGACUACAGUGAGUACGAUGAGGAGGAGCCGCAACGGGCGCCUGGCAACCUGGCCAAGUCGACAGCAGGUCCCAAGCUGCCGCUUCCCUACUUCGACCAGCCGAAAGUGGACAUGUAUGUGGGUGACAACGGCAGCAGUGUGAAGGUGGAUUGCCCCGUCAAGAACUACAAUGCUCAACACCAUGCCAUACUCUGGUACAAGGAUAACAGCGCCAUUAGCAAUGGAAAUACCCUAUUCAGCAGCGUCUACGGCCUAGACACCAACUUCACAUUGACCGUGCCCGUGGCGGCCAAUGCCACGGAUGGGCAGAAAUACUCCUGCCAUGUGAUGCCCCCCGAUGUGCGUCGCGAGGUGACCAUCCAUCUUGGACCGGAGCCAAGCACCCCGGCUCCUGCCACCACACGACCUACUCCCGCCGCAGGCUCGGCGCCGACUGGCCAGGAUUGUGGCCUCUGGCUUGUGCUGUUCUUGGCCGCCCUCCAGUUGGCAGUUCGCUUCUGAAUCUGAAUCGGGCCAAGUUCAGUUAACGUAAUUCUACCACCGGCACUGAACCUCCCAGCCCGGGGAUAAUGUUUGGAGAUGCGCACCACCCCAAAAACGAGCUUGUCACUAAGAUACAGUAUGUCAAGAAAGUAUUUUCCCAUUUGCUUCUUGUUUGGUUAUUUUCCCCAUCUGCCUUGUGAUUACUCUUAUUUUCAUAUAGUUUCCUAACCAGAUCCGUAAUACUAAGAUAUUUUUAAAUUUUAAUCGAAAAAUCAAAAAAAAAGGAGAUUCCUUGUAAAACCGCUUUCUUGAAACACUGUAUGUUUGUCGGUAUAUCUAUGUAAUUAGAGAAGAGUACAAUCUGAAGGAAUCGAUUGCUUGGCACAUUAUGUUUAGGUGUUUAGGUGUUAGGUUGCUUUGUUAUUAUAUUAUAGAACAUAAUAUACUACAUUUAUGUAAUUUACUUAUGUAGAUCUUGGGGAAGCAAAUCUUCCUAGGGUUAUCUGAGUUAUACUUCCAACGUUUGCUUCCUCCUCUUCCAAACUUGAUCUGAUUGUACUAUCUAGAGCACCAGGAAUUCUAUAACCGCCCUAAAAUCUAUCUGUAUAUUUAUGUCGAUUCCUUAGAGUCGAAUACUUCUUUGAUUUAUAACUAAAUAAGUUUUAAUUUUAGCUGAAAAGCCAAUUAGUUAUCGUAAAUUGAACUCUUAGUACGCUAUUUAAUCGUCUAGGAUCGAAUUACAUAUAGAAUGCUGGCUUUAGUCGGGUGAUUAAUGAAUCGGAUUAUACUUAUUAUUAGUGUAUAAUUGUUUUGAACUUAGCGGAACAGACAACGGACAGUUACCGAUGCGAUAACAAGUGGCUUAAUGAAUCGUUAUGAAGGAUAUAUGAAGGAUAUGUGACGAAUAUAUAUAUAUCUAUAUGUAUACAUAUAAAAGUGAAUGUAAUUUUUGUCGGAUAUAAAAGUGAAAUAAAACUA